CUGUUAAAUAUCUCUCUACACGUUCAAUAUAUCAGCAUCACAUAACCAAAGACGCAGUACCAGUUACGAACAUAACUACACAUCGAAGAAUUUUAGCAAUGUGUCUUUGGAGGCGAGUGUAUUUCAAUUGUUACCAUGAAAACCUGAAUGUUACGGUACCGCGGCCUGUCAAGGCCUGUCCGUUGGCCGUUUCUCGAGGGUCCGAGCUGUUACCGGUGUAUUGCCACCCACAAGGUCGAGACUUCACAGCCACUUACGACUUUACAGAUGCUGUGAUGCUCACUAUACCAUGUAUCCCUUGUGAAGAGAGGCAAGCCAGGCAACGCGUUGACGCACAGUGGCACGAGUUCAGGACCGCAGAAUUAUGGAAUGUAUCACCGAAAGCUAUGGUACGGUAUAUCACGCGUCGCCAGGAGCUAUUCAACAACAACUAUUUUGGGAACUGGGAACAACUCCAGGCGGCUUAUAUCUUUGAAUGCCGACAAGAAUUAGGGACGCGGCCGUACAUGUAUGGCGAUGAAUAUACGGAUAAUUUGGGCAAGGGAGAAGGAUGGCGGGGAAAUUCCACGAAGUAAUAGUGCAGAAUAUCCAACUCGAUGAAUCGCACACGGCGUCAAUGGAUGGAUUUAGCGAAAUUCGGAGGCAUAUUUCACUUUUGCCUCGAUGUUGCU